AUGGAUGUCGGAUUCAUAAUCAUUAAUUUGGGGGACAAUAUUUGGGGGAGAUUUUUGUUGAUCAUGGAGAAACAAAGUAACUUAUCAAGAGCUGCAUUCGCCAGGCAACCAGCCCGGAUACUGUUGGUUGAUUUCUCCCAUCCUUUCUCUGCUGAGAUCUGCUAUGACCUCCACCAAGCCCUGGAACAUACCCUAGCCCUGGCCUGUAAUAUGUCUGGACCCGCGAGGAUUCCGUUCUUUGGACUGUUCGCUCUUGGUGCUCACUCGGAGAACCUAUUUCCACUGCAGCAUGUCAAAGGAAACUUCUCAAGACUCCAGAAUGCCCUUCACGAGUUGAAAACCUUCGCCAUCUCACAGGAGAGCAACCUCCCACAAGCCUUACAGGAUACUGUUACGCAAUUCAAACGUCAGUCACAGACUUUGAGACAGACAACAAGUUUUAGUUGUCAGUUGGAAGUCAUCAUUAUAACCUGCAAGCAAGGAGGAGAAGUCUCUAAACAGCUCGACCAAAUACUCACUGAAAUGGACCUGGAAAGUCUUAGGAAGAUUCUUGUUGUGAGUCUGGCAAGUUCUAGUCAUGACAGUCCAAUCAGCUCUAGUGCAUCCUCUGACAACCUCACCGGCAUACUGGAUGUAACAACUAUCGAGCCAGGAGAGCUAAGUUUCCAGUCAUUUUUCACCGGCUGGUUUCAUGAUUGUGGAACGGACAGAGAACAGUUGCAUCUCUUGUUUCCAAACGGAGUAAUGUCCUCAGACAAGCUGGUGCUCAAGUGUGACUUACAAGAGAGAUUCAUCGACCCUGCAUUGCUACCCUUCAACGCACAGUUUGUGAUGAUGAGUGGUCCACAACCCAAAACAUCUGUAUCAUCCAUGCAAGGAUCUACAGUAACACAAACCACCCCAGUCAGCAGACUACGGGUUAUGCAGAUGGUUAAACUCCAGGGAAUAUGUGACUCACUGAUGUUUGGUCAGCCGAUGAUUGCAAGGCCGACAGCAUGCUGGAAACUAGACUGGGAAGAACUAGAUUCAAAUCAACAGAACUUCCAUGCACUUUGCCAUCAUCUACAUCACAGGGAGAUGUGUCUCGUUACACGGCUUGAGCCUAAUGAAUUCCCCACGUACCCAAGCAGCUCUACUGUCCCUAAACCUAGGGGUCAUUUCAUCAUUUUGCCUUCGCCGUCAACGUCGCUUCUAAUCAGACCUGUAGCAGUCAACGAACUUAUGCUACCAGGGGACUAUCAAUUGCCAUCAGAAACACCAGUUUCUGAUAGUCUUCAUCUAGUCGCACAGUACCUAGAUAAACUGGAAGUCCUGGAUAAGUACAACCCGUUACUGAAUCACUGCAACCUGACAUCAAGUUUGGUUGGAUUAAUGACCAAGACAUCGACGAGACAGCCAAGGAAACCGAAACAAACAGCCGCUGGUUCUUUUCAGAGGAAGAGGAAGAAGAAGAGGAUCGACCCGUCCUCAUCAGUUCCAACCCGCAAGUAA